AUGGGCGCGCAGAAGGACAACACCUCCCUCGGGUGGCUGAUGCCGCGCCGGGGGAAAAAGCCAGCCUUGCUCGAGUAUCGCUCGUCCAAGACCUUCAUCCUGUUCGCAAUGUGCUGGUCGGUCUUCACGGAUGUCUUCUUGUACGGCGUGAUUGUUCCUGUCAUACCAUUCGCCCUCCAGGAUCGUCUUCAUGUGUCAGCUGAGGAUACGCAGCAUUGGGUUUCAGUUCUGCUAGCCGUGUAUGCUGCAGCCCUGCUAUUCUUUUCGCCUAUUUUUGGGUACCUUGCAGAUUGGGCCGACUCACGUAAGACAUCAUUGCUUGCUGGACUCUUUAUUCUCGCCGGCUCAACUCUGAUGCUUUGCCUGGGAAAGACAAUCCCGGUCCUUGUGAUUGGACGAAUGCUGCAGGGUGCUUCUGCGUCCGUGGUCUGGGUUGUUGCACUCGCCUUGCUCGCAGAUACUGUCAGUGAGGAGGAGACUGGACAAGCGAUGGGUUACGUAGGAAUGGCCACCUCUUUAGGGGUCUUGGUCGCGCCUCUCAUCGGCGGCGUGGUGUACGAACGGUCUGGAUACUAUGCCGUGUUCGGCGUGACUUUUGCCGUCAUCGGGCUGGACAUACUGCUCCGCCUCGCCUUGGUCGAAAAGAGACAUGCUGCUAGAUGGCUGCAGUCGGAAACACCUCCGGUUUCUUCAGCACCGUCUCACAACGACAUCGAACUGCAGAAUCGUGCCGAACCUCAGACAGACGCUGGAAAAGAGGCGGUGGGCACUGCCACCACCACAACUCCUUCUCCUGCUGUCGCAUCGCCCAAACGGAAAUUGCCGACACUGUUCGUGCUCCUCAAGUCGCGCCGCAUCCUGGUUGCGUUCUGGGGUAGCAUGGUGGUAUCGAUGACUAUGACAGCUAUUGAUUCGACCCUCCCCUUGUUCGUCAAUCAAAUCUUUGGAUGGAACUCUCUCGGAGCCGGACUUGUCUUUCUGGCCCUGAUUGCUCCGACCCUUGCUGGACCUCUAAUAGGCUAUUGGACAGACAAAUAUGGCCCGCGCUGGUUUGCGGCGUCGGGCUUACUCUUCUGCGUACCCUUUUGGGUGUUGCUGAGGCUCAUCGACCAUGACAACACCAACCAAGCUGUUCUUCUCUGUGCGCUGCUGGUGCUCUUGGGAGCUGCUACAACACUGGUGAUGAUUUCCUUGAUGGCGGAGUUUAGCAAAGUGUGCGAUGCAAAGGUGCGGCAAGAUCCCGACCUGUUCGCAGGGAAGUCGGCCUACGGGCAGAGUUAUUCAAUUUUCAACGUUGCUUGGGCAGCGGGCAGUUUACUUGGACCUCUCAUUGCGGGUGCAAUCAAAUCAUCCGCUGGCUGGAAGACCAUGACCUGGAGCAUGGCUCUCUGGUGCGCCGUUGGAGUUUUGCCGACCGUCAUAUGGUCGGGCGGAAGGAUCAGAAAAGCGAAAAAAGUAAGCAAUGGCGGUGGUAUUCUGAGCGAGGAGAGUACGUAG